AUGGAUGCGAAGCGACCAGCAGGGGCGUGGGCGACCGACGGUGGUGGGGGCGGGGGCAGGAACGGCGUCCUCGCCCACGCAAGGAGAGGCUCGCCGAGCAUGGGGGACUCGCCGCCACCGCAAGCACACCUCCCGAGGCUACCUGACAAGUUUGCGAAGAUGCUCGCCGGCCAUGAGCCCCACAAAGUGAAGCUGCGGGAGGCCGGCAGCGGGCUUCGCAGGCUGUGGGGCGUGUUGGUGGUGUUCGAUGGUGAAGGCCACAUGUACCUAGGGCCCGGCUGGGAGCAGUUCGCCCGCGCCCAUGAGCUACAGCUCAGGCACUUCCUUGUCUUCCGCUACGACGGCGACGCCAUGUUCACCGUGAAGAUGUUCGACAACACCAUGUGCCGCAUGUACUACCAUCACGACGACGAUGCCAGCAAUGGGAGCAGCAGCAGGGAUGACGAGGAGCGGAGUGGGGAUGACGAGGAGCAGAGCGGGGAUGCCGAGGAGCAGCCUAUUCUGGCUAACGACGACCCUGCUAUGUUGGUUGCGGAUGACGACCUUGCUAUGGUGGUGGCUGACGACGACCCUGCUAUGGUGGUGGCGGACGACGACCCUGCUAUGGUGGUGGCUGACGAUGACCUCGCGAUUGUGGUGCCUAAUGAUGACCUCGCAAUGGUGGUGCCUGACAAUGACCUCGUGAUGGUGGUGGCGCCUGCAAUCCCACAGCUUGGCUACAGGACCAUGCCAAUUAUGGUCAUUGAGCAGCAUCAGGAGGAGGAGCUCAAGCACGGCUACCACGACGCACCACCAGAAAAGCAGAAGCUAGAGAGGUCUGAGCUUCAAGCUGAAGUGAUGCAAGAAGAAUUGGCGGCAAUCAAGAUGAAGGCGGAAGAAGCUGAAGCUGCACGCGACAAGGAACUUGAGCUGCUGCGCAAGAAGUCUCAAGAGCAGGAAGAGAAUUUGUCGUAG